CAGAAAGAACGAUAAGCUUUUGGGUUUGGUGAGUGUGCACGUUUUCCCUGGUUCAGGACUAAAACUUAACGCGAUCACGGAUAACAGGAUGCAGAAUCAAGAGGAAUCUCUUCGUUACAGCCCAUACUUGUGAGUAGUAUUCAUAUUUCUGCCCUAACCCUGCACCAAAAAAAAGCUUUCAGAAAAGAAAAUUCAGCUGUUAUUAUAUGCUUUAAUGGAUUAAGCAUUUUAACCAAUUAUAAUUUUUUUGUUUUGCAGCACAAAAAAAUCAGGAGCUUGUGAUGAAGCUAAAGAAACAAAUAAUUUGAAAUACGAAGGCAAAAGCACCGGGAAAAGUCCUAAAAAGCCAAGACGUCCACUGAAAAGAUUUGGAGAAAUGUCUGAAGAAGAUGUGUUGAAACUAAAGCUUCCAGAACAUUUAGACUACAACCUAGAUAUUCUGUUUGUAAGCAUAUUGAUGUAUCUUAUAUGGCAGUCUGGAGCUUCAGAAAAAAAAGUGGAUUAGAAACAUUUUCAUUUAACCACGAGAGGGUCUCUGACAUUAAUUUUCCUGGACUAGUGUUAGAGUUAGAGAAUUAAUGGGACGUUUUAUUUCAGAUAGUGGUUGCUAGAUUGAUAAAACUCAAUAAGUAAUAUGUGCAUCUCUUUUGGACAAAUUUAUCGCUCCUUUCUCUUACAGGUUGGAAUAAAUCCAGGCUUGAUGGCAGCCUACAAGGGACACCACUAUGCGGGAGCAAAUAAUCACUUCUGUGGGUAAAUUAUUUAUUUGCUCACAUUUAAUGUAUCCGUUUUCAGAAAUUCAUCACUAGUUAAUUUAAAUAAAUAUAAAAGUUACACUGAGGCUCAAUUCUAAGAUUCCCAUAAAUGGUUCAUAUUUCUAGGAGAUGAAUUAGCCCCAGUCCUUUAUGCUGCUCCUGGUUAGCUCUUGGCUGACAUUUGGUUGUCAGAUGAUCAUUUCGUCUUGUUGAUUCGAUCAUUCGGGUUGCUUCUUUACUUUGCUUCUGACUCCCUGUCCUGGGACUCUCCAUAAGUGCCAAGGGAAAAUUAAUUUUAACCUCCCUGUACCAUACCAACCCUUGAAGUACACUAAACUCUCUUUAAAAUUUAGGAAAGUGUUUUUCCCUUAAUAAAAUACAUGUAGAUGAAAUAAAGGAGCAUCAAGAGAUGAUGUUAAGAAAAUGAAAAGCAGUACCAUGAAGUAAAAAUGUUUAUGUUGUAGGGCCUUGUUUAUAUGAAUCAGGACUGGUUCCUGAGAGGCUGACAUACCUGGAUGAUGUAAGAUGUCCAUCAUAUGGAAUAGGAUUAACAAACAUGGUGGAGCGAACAACAAGAGGAAGUGCUGACCUUUCCAGGUUAACAAAGCUUGAUUGAUAAGUGAAUGGUUAAUAGGUCUUGUUCACAGUAUAUUGAUUGUAAUAGACAGUCCUUUUUCAUUUAGCAGUACUUGUUUCACCCUAACAUCUGUAUGCAUAUUCUCCAUACUGUUCUCUAUAUUUUUCAUAAGGUGUUGACAAGGAGAAUUUGUUUGACAAUCAAGAGUUUCUUUAGUUGGUGAUCAUUUCCUUUAUUGUGGUAACUUAAAUAUUUGAUUUAGGGAUUCAGUGUGGAAUUACACACUAGUCACUUUAGGGGUCUUAGAGUUGAGAAAUAUUUUGGGCAAAGUUAAAUCCUGAAACUUUCCUUAAAAAGUGAUAAAAUGUUAGAAUUACACAGCUCUAAAACAAAUUCAUUCCCAUUCAUAUAAUUCCUUCACCUGCAGAGAAAUUAGUUUUGCUUCAGACCUUUCAUCAAAAUAUUAAAAAAAUAUAUAAUUGUUUUCACACCAAGAAAUUAUUUACAUCAUUUUUUCGUGUGGAUUUCCACGUUAACCUCUUUUAUGGUCACAUAAGAUCAUCCACAGAAAUACUCGUUGCUGUCAAAUAUUCAAUGAAUUGCAUUGUUUCACAGAAAGGAAAUGAGAGAUGGUAAAGAUGGGCUCAUACGGAAAGUGGAGCUGUACAAACCAUUGAUAGUCUGUUUUAAUGGAAAAGGUUGGUACAUGAAUGGCAGUAAAGAAGGCAAUCUCUGCAUAGAACUCCUUCAUCUGUUCAAGAGUCUUGGUGUAAACUUUUAGAAAUUAUCUGCGUUAAAAAGUUAGUUCUGGACCCAGUUGUUUGAAGGCCAAUUGGCACUAACCCAAGGUUUAAUUUUCAUCUUCAUUUCUUUAUUUCUUUGUUCUAAAGCCUUUUUUUGGAAUAAUUUUCUCCAUUAUUUUUAGAGCAUCCAGUCUUCAAAUUGUAUGCAAAAAGAGUUACUGGUAUACUGAAUUUCUCUUAAAGCUUUCUUAUCUGAAAUUAUGAUUCACACUAACCCUAGGUUAUCUUAACCCAGCUUUGAACAAACCUGCCUUGUAGAAAAUGGAUAGGCAGUGUUUCAAAACUGAGGAAAAAGUGGGCUGUCUUUAGUGGAUAGGUAGGCAAUUCCAAGAACUUUACUUAAUUUAAUUUAUUUUUCUACAUUCCUUCAGUUAUAUACGAGUUAUUUUCUGGAUCCAAGUGUACAGUUGGUCGACAAAAAGAUCCUAUACCAGGAACCAAUACAGUGAGUUUGUUUCUGAUUUUGUCUCAUCUUCAUAUUAACCCCAAAGGCCUUCCUUUGAGUUUUGUAAAUUGACUGGUCUGCAUGCAACAAGGAAGUGUCGGGGGUGACCUUUAACAUAUUUUAAAUAAAUGUUGUCUUCUACCUUAUGGAGUACUUCAGAUUAUUAAUUUGUCUUAGAUCCAGUGUGGUUGUGAUUAGCUCAAAAAUAGAUGUGGUCUUGCUGAAGUUUUGAAAAUUCUUGGGCAAACUUUGGGAUCACUGUCAGUAUCUGAGUAACUGUACACCUACCUCUUCCCUACAACAGUCCACUGGGUUAGGGGAGGGGUAGGUGAGCAGUUGCUCAGAUACUGACAUCAAUCCGAACUUUGUACCUGGUUUGUGAAAAUGAUAACAAAAAUAAUCAGUAGCUAAUUGGUAUCUGAUGAUGGCAACUUCAUUGACCAAAGACUAUAAACAUAGUUGACAAGGUUUCAAGCUGCUAAAAGGGAAACAUCACUGAAAAGGUCCUUGUUUCCUUUGUCUUCAUAACUCCCCAUGGCAUUUCACAUGAAUUGUGUGGGUAACUCAUGUUAUACAAGGGCCAUCCUGAGUAGUGCCACAGAACAACUUUUCAACUUUACUUAUUGUCUUGUUUUAAUUCUUGUCAUCUGAAGGUCGUGUAUGUGAUGCCUUCCACAUCUGGUAGAACACAAACAUAUCCUCGGGCCAGUGACAAAGUUCCCUUUUUCUUGGAGCUCAAAGCUCUUCGUGAAGAAGUGAAACAGAAGUCUGGGGAUACAUCUUGUUCAGAUGGACAGCAAAAAUAUUAAGGAAAAUUUUAUAUUACAUUUAUUUUUUCCGGGCGGGGGAAUGGGGCAUUUAGGUAAUUUUAUUUUGAACAAAUGUCUGAGAACAUUAGUCAUUCGAGUAACCGGUCGAGUCGUCCAAAAUUUAUCUCACCAGAAGUCGUGUCCCCGAAACUAGAUUCAUGUAACUUAAAAUUUUUAGUCAUGUCGCCCGAAAUCUGAAGUCAUGUAGCCCGAAGAAACAAUUACUUUUAAGAUCAGACUUAUAGACUGUAAAUAGGCAAUACAGUCGAAAAACCUUUAUCACUCAAGCAGAACUCGUUUCCUACAACACCAUGAAGACUUUGACUACACAGAAAACGAUUAGAUGGUCAGUAUUGAAAUAUGUGUGAGUAACGACUCUAAAAAGUGAAGCACUGUUCGUUUGGUAUGCAGUCGUUUCGUACCCACGAACGUGAUUAACAAAAAUCGGGCGACAUGACUUAAUAUCUCGACUUUCGGGCGGCUUGACUGUAAACUGCUAUUAGACGUUACCUGUUCAGUGUAGUAAUAAUCUCAAAAUCACCGAUCGCUGUUUUCUUUUGUCUCAUUACGUAUUCAAAAUCACUCCGGUUAUCACAAUUUAUCUGUUGUUAACAAAUAAGUGUAAAAGUCAUUUUAGUUUCAAGGUUUGUUACAAGUUUCAGUCGUUUCAAAUUUUCCGAUUUAUCUUUAUUAAAAUUAUCUCCUUACAUUUUUAAACAUAAAAAGCGAUGCCAGCAUAAAAAUUCUAUUUAUAGUCGAAACUAUUUAUUGUAAAUUUUCUUAUUUCAAAUUUAUGAUAACACAUGUAAGGUCUUGUGACACCAAAUAACCAAAAAUCUGCAGUGUAUAACAUCAGGAGUUUCAAUAAAACCCGGUUACCGGCGG